CGAUUCUUCUUUCUACCCUCAGUACCUGCCAGGAUCACUAACAUAUCAAAGGACGUCACGGUGAAUGAAGGCAGCAACGUCAAUCUUAUGUGCCUGGCAGUUGGUCGACCUGAUGCAAACAUAAUUUGGAAGCAUCAUUCACCAAGGGGCACCCAUAAAUUUGUGACAGAGGGGGAGCACCUGAUGCUCACAGCCAUCACCAAAGAACAGUCGGGAUCUUAUGAAUGCAUUGCAUCUAAUGACAUCUCAAGCCCGGAUGUCAGGACAGUGCAAGUCACCGUCAACUAUCCUCCCUUCAUUUCUAAAGCGAGGAGUACAGGCACUUCAGUUGGACAAAAAGGAAUUCUGCAAUGUGAAGCCUCUGCUGUCCCAAGGGCAGAUUUUGAGUGGUACAAAGAAGACCGCAGGCUCCUCAAUGGACUAAACGGGGUAAAGAUAGAGAAUCAAGGGAAACAGUCUAUGCUUAUCUUUUUCAAUGUCUCAGAAGAAGACUAUGGGAACUACACUUGUGUUGCUAUGAACACCAUGGGAAUCACUAAUGCCAGUAUAAUACUCUAUGGUCCUGGUGCAAUGCAUGACGUGAACGGGGCUGCUGCGCUAUCACAUUGCUUUGUAUGCCUCCUGCUUACUGUAACCUCAGUCUACCUUCUCAAGUUCUAAUGUGAAAUGCUACCACCUUGGAGCUUCUCUCAGAAUUGAAAACCAAGAACAGACUUUUAGUCCAGUAAGAAGAAUGGAAACCCAAGAUUGCCAGUGGUCCACCCUAUUUUUUUUUUCUUUUUCUCUGUUGUUUUUCUUUCCUUUUUCUGGCUUUGCAUCAGAGUCUGUUCUCUGUUGGCUUGUCAAGAGUGAGAAGCAUCAACCUGCAGAAGCAAAGAUUUUAAAUAAUGCACUAAUUUGAUGAUGGUAGAACUUCUGAGUUCGUGUCUCCCCCAACCUUUUUAUAUGUGAACAUGGAAAAAAAAUACAUGUAACUGUUGAUAGUUGACUGUUUAUUGCCCAAUUCUGAAGUGUACAUUCAGAUUAUUAUUAUUAUUAUUAUUAUCGUGUCAUGUCCUGUUCAAUAUCUGUACAAUAACAUUAAGCUUUUUUAGGUAAAUGAUAAAAAGGGAAAAAUGCAAUGUGAUUGUUGAAUUUUACUGUAUUUUUACAGUUGUAUGCAAAACAGAAUAACUGAUACUUCAUUAUAAACAGUUCAGAACAAUAAAUUAUACACCAUGAUUUCUCAGGCAAAGUCCUACACAUAGUGCAUCCAAAUUUAUAUUUUCAUUGUAGUGUGUGUAAAAAUUGUACAAAUGUGUACAGACAAUACCUGCACUGUUGUUUAUCAAAAUGCAUAUGCUUAUCCAAUGGCAUUUUUGAACUACCCAAUAAGAGUGCCAUAGCAGCUUCAUGACAUAUUCAUACUAACACACUGAAAGCUGAUUUUCAGACUCACUUUAGUGAAGUAUGAUUUAGGAGUGAGAAAUUGGUUGUUGUGCUGCUUUGUUCUCUGCAGACAGAAACAGAAAAACCCAGAGUUCAGUGUGCUGAUGGCAUCAUUAGAGUGUCCAACCUGAUUCACAAAGUGCUGUGGCUAAUUUGAAAAGCUGCACUCGUUACAUGAUAUUAACCCACCUUCCACACUGGUUUUAUGAUCAUUAUUAUUUAAUUUUCUAAAGUUAUGGUUAAAAUACGGUGGCCCUGAGUGGCCAAACGAACUGCAACUUC